UCCCGUAUUUGCUAAUCUACAUGAAUAGUCCCACCUCUUUUCUAUAUAUCGGCCUCUCAUACACAUGCAUGACUGUACAUCACUAAUUCAUCAUGCUGAAGUUGGUCUUGUCUUUAACUGAACAAUCAUGAUUCUAUUUCUAACUGCUUUGCUCAUCAGUGGCUAUUGUGAUGCUCUCACUUGUAAUCAAACAGUGAACCCUACGACGUAUCGACGUCUGUGGUCAGAUACUGGGAAUGAUUACAAUGGUGUUCCCAUUACCUAUCCACCAAAUUGUAUGCGGCAAAAUCUCCAUGAAAUCUGUAACUACGACCUGGUACUGGGUGACGGAGCAAUCAUUGCAUCUCCUCCUGAUCUCAAUAGUUCAAGUUAUUUCGAGCAUUUCAUUGGGAUGAGUGCAUCAAUGAAUUCGUAUAUUGACUUUGACCUCACUACAGUAACCGCUGGGAUUACUGCUAUAGAGCUCAGUUUCUUGAACAGUCCUCCCAACAGAAUCAGUUUACCAGACAUUGCAAUAUCAGUAGUUUAUUUUGGAACUGUAGCACCUAUUGCAAGCUGGAUAUUUGAUAAUCAAAAUCUUGAUCAGACAGACAACCAAAUCAGAACUAUUAGUAUUCAGCCAUUCAGACCAUUUAGUGCUGCGAACUUCAGAAUUACGUUUCAAUUCACAGAAUUUCAUGAUUUUAAUUGGGUCUUUGUAAGUGAAGUACGCUUUUGUACAGACCUUCAACCAAACUUACAACCAGAAGUAAUAUUUCAAAUGCCACCAUCAAACAAUAUCCAGCCAGAUGCAGAGGACCUGAGAAGAAGAUCAACAGAGUUAGUGUGCACUGUUUCCAGUGAAGGUUCGUACACAUGGCAGUGGAAGAAAGAUAAUGUUAUAAUAGUGAAUAAAGGGGACUACAGAAUCACCAUUGGAGAUGAAAGUAGAACAACUAAGCUGACAAUCAAUAAUCUAGAUUUUAGUGAUGCUGCUGAAUAUGAAUGUACGGGAAUGACAAGACGAGAUGCGAAUGUCAUGAACUCAGCAGUGUAUGUACUGGAAUUUCCAGAGCGUGUCAUUACUACACCUGAUGUCAGUGGAUAUCUACAGACUGGAGAGGUUACCCUGACCUGUGAGCUCCAUGGUUACCAGUCAUCACUCUCUCCUCCUGUGUGGCUAAACACAAAUGGCAGUGAAAUAAAUGACUCUGCCAAAUACACUGUGUCCGUGUGUGAAGGAAACAACACCAUGAUUCUACAGAAUGGCACUGUCGUCCCUAGUAUCAUUUUCAACAUCACAAUUCACAACCUUUCAUUAGCUGAUGGAGAUACCUACACGUGUCGUGGUGUCAGAGGAGAGAGUGUCACUCAACUCACAAUAUUAGAAGGGACUGAUCCAAACAUGUUAUCGCAAACAUGCAUUUCUACGUCUAUAGAGGGCAUCACUCCCACUCCAUCCCCUGGCAACGAAACUACCACUCGUGUUCCUGUAAUGGAUGAAACCACUGUCAUCAUAGCAGCUGCAGUAGUGGCUGUUAUUAUAGUACUCACAAUACUUAUCCUCAUAAUCUUCAUCGUUUACCUACUGAGGAAGAUCAACAAGAUGAAAAUACGUUUGACUGAAGCUGUACAAAUACCUAAUUCUCUCUCCAUACAAGAAAGGGAAGACACCUCAAUUUCUGUGCAGGAUGUGACGUAUGAAGAGAUUGCCGAAAGAAGCGUCAUGUCAUUAACAAAGAACGAAGCCUACGUGUGUGUGUCGACUCCUCUAGAGAAAUAGGCAACCAAAAAAUUAAACUUUUACUGAGCAGACCUUUAACAUUAUUCUGGACUAAGUCAAUGUCUUUGUUUACUAUUGUUUGUGCAUUUGUGCAUAAU